AUGAUCAACAAGGUGCAUCUUCUUUUCUGGUGCCCACGUGGAAGAAACUCCAAGAUUAAGCAUGUUUGGCUUGGAGCAAUUUCAAGAUGGGUAUCUAUCGAAGAGUCGGGGAAAUGGGUGGGUGGUUGUUGGGUGUGGGAGCUCAAGUGGAAAAGAGAGUUGUUCGAAUGGGAGAAGGGGCUUGUUAAUGACUUACUUGUGCUCAUUUCAGGUGUUACUCCAUGUGUUGGGAAGAAGGACAGGUGGAACUGGACAGCGGCGAAAAGCGGGUCUUACACUACCAACUCUGCCUAUUCUCUCAUUGCAGCGAGCAAAGCUCAGGAUCCAUCGCCACAGGCUCUUAACAAAGCACUUGCAAAAGUUUGGGAUGUCCCGGCACCACACAAAGCAAGAGUGACAGCUUGGAGAUGCCUGAGAAAUAGGCUUGCAACCUGCGAUAACCUUGUCAAGAGGCAGUUGGAGAUCAGUGUGGAGGAGACGAAGUGUAAUGCUUGCAUCUCGAGUGAGGAGACGGCGGAUCACCUGUUCUUACUCUGUCCGAAAGCUACAAUGGUGUGGGACUCGAUUUUCAGUUGGCUGGGAGUGUCAACAGUUAGGCCGAGAGACAUCGUCCAACAUUUCACCUCGUUUUGCCAUUUCGGACGAGGCAAGAAAUGUGUGAAGAUCCUCAAAGCUCUUUGGACAGGAAUUAUCUGGAUUUUGUGGAAAAAUAGGAACGAGAGUAGAUUUGAGGGUAAACCUUGGGAUGUUAAAAGAAUGGUGUUGGAGGUGAAAGGAAGAAUGUGGAGCUGGAUUAAAACUUUCGAAAUUUCUGGUGUUGAUGUUAGCUUCGAUGCUUGGUGUUCUGGUGAUUUUUUGCUUUCGUCUUGUAUUAAGUUCUAG